AUGGACGAGUACGAGGAUACGUUACUGGUCUUGGUGAACCAGACGUUGGACCUGAUGUGGCCCCUGGCCCUGUUCUUCAUCCUGCUACUGACGUACCCCCCCCUGGCCGUCUGGCGCUGCGUCAGGUGGCUCUUCACCUUCCCCUGGCCCAUGCAGGACAGGGUGGUGCUCAUCACCGGGGCAUCCUCGGGGAUUGGCGAGCACAUCGCGUAUGAGUACGCCCGGCUUGGAGCCCGCCUGGCCCUCGUCGCCCGGAGAGAGGAGAGGCUGGAGGAGGUCGAAGACAACUGCAAGAGUCUUGGGUCACCUGACGUCCAGAUCAUCCAAGCUGACGUCAGCAAGGAGGAAGACUGCAAACAGGUGGUGGAAGAAACGGUCCAACACUUCCAGAGACUCGACACGCUGCUUCUGAACGCGGGAGUGGCGCACAUCUACUCUUUCGAAGAGGCCGACGACACCAAGGGCUUCGGGCCGAUCAUGGACGUCAACUUCUGGGGCUACGUGUACACGACCAAGUUUGCGCUGCCGCACCUGCGCCGGAGCCAGGGCCAGAUCGUGGUCAACGACUCCAUCGUCUCCUUCCUGCCGCAGGCCAAGACCAGCAUCUACAACGCGUCCAAGGCCGCGGUGAGCCAGUUCUUCGAGACGCUCCGCGUGGAGCUGGGCUCUGCGGUGCCCAUCACAGUCUUCCUGCCGGGGGCCAUCAAGUCCGAGAUGACCGACGGGAAAGUUCUUCUCCCCGACGGAAAGGUGGCGUCGCCGGAUGAAGCCUUCCGGCUGCGCAACGAGGCCGGCUUCGGGCUCUUCCCGCUGCUGCCCACCUCCGCGCUCGCGCGCCGUGUGGUGAAGGCGGCGCGCUACCGUCGUCCACGUGUCGUCAUCCCGUCGUGGUACAAGACCAUGUUCUACCUCAAGAUCUUCGAGCCCGAGCUGCUCUACACGUCGCUCCGCAUCUUCUGGUCGGGGCGGCCAUCGUUCGCCAAGCGCCUGAGCGAAAUCUUUGGCGGGGGCAUCAAGCCGCCCGGUCCCAAGGAGUUCGAGAGGGGGGGUUUUCGCAAGGACGAGUAG